AUGCCCACAACAAACAAUUGUGAAAAAUCUCGUUCAUCAUCGAAAAAUCAAAAUAAUUGCCAGAUAAAAGUGAUGAGAAAAUUAUUCAAUGAAAUGCAACAAGAUCCACAAUGUAAAUCAAUGUUAAAACGUAAUCUGAAUAAAGAUUUAUUUGAACGAUUAAUAAAUCGUCGUACAAAAAUGGGCUCCACAUUGAUGGAUGUUAUACGAUCAGGUCUAAUGAAUCAUGAUAGUAAUAUUGGUGUUUAUGCACCAGAUCCAGAUGCAUAUCAAAUUUUUUCCGAUCUUUUCAAUCGUAUUAUUGAUGAAUAUCAUAAUUUCAGCGCUACAGAAAAACAUCCAACAUCUGAUUUUGGUAAAUUAUCUGAUUUUAUUGAUUUAGAUCCAGAAAAUAAAUUCAUCAUUUCCACACGUAUACGUUGUGGCCGUAGUGUUAAAGGUUUUCCAUUUAAUCCAUGUUUGAAAGAAAAACAAUAUAAAGAAUUGGAACAAAAAAUUAGUACAAUUUUAUUAAAAGGUGGCGCUGGUGAUGAAGAAUUAAAAGGCACUUAUUUGCCAUUAACCACGAUGAGUAAAGAAGAACAAAAACGUUUAAUUGAUCAACAUUUUCUAUUUAAAGAAGGUGAUCGAUUCCUACAGACAGCUAAUGCAUGCCGUUUUUGGCCAAAAGGUCGUGGCAUAUUCCUGAAUAAAGCACGUACUUUUAUGGUUUGGAUCAAUGAAGAAGAUCAUAUCCGUAUCAUUAGCAUGCAAGAAGGUGGAAAUGUUGGCCAAGUAUUUGGCCGCCUACAACGUGCUAUACGUAUGAUGGAAUCAUCGGGGUUAGAAUUUGUACGUGAUCAACGUUUAGGUUAUCUAACGUUUUGUCCAACGAAUCUUGGUACAACAAUUCGUGCUAGUGUUAUGAUCAAGCUGCCAAAAUUAUCGGCACAAAAACAAUUGUUUGAAGCGACAGCAAAUAAAUUCAAUUUACAGAUUCGCGGUUCCAAAGGCGAACAUACCGAUAGUGAUGAAGGAAUGUAUGAUAUUUCUAAUCGUCGCCGUUUGGGUCUCACCGAAUAUGAUGCCGUCAUGGAAAUGCAACGUGGUGUACAACAAAUGAUUGAAAUGGAAAAAUCAAUGUAAAUUUGAUUUGAAUAUUGUGAAGUUAU